UGAGGCGCGGCGGGAGCGGCGGGAUGGAGCGCGCGGCGGUGCGGCGGCUGGGUGCCCGGCUCGGCCUCACCGAGCCCCGCGUGCUCAGAAAAGCUGAAGAGUAUCUUCGUCUGUCCCAGGUGAAAUGCACAGGAUUCAUGGCCCAAAUGACAGCGACAAGCAGUGCAGUGAUGUGCCUGGACCUAGCAGCGAGUUUCAUGAAACAACCAGUUGACAAAAGCAAUUUUGUUAAACUCUCCGGUUUGAACAAGACGACCUACCAGAGCUCCAUGAAGUCUUUGGAGUGUUUGCUAGAGGUGAACCCCAGGCUGGGACUGCGAGACUUGGCUGUGCAAUUCUGCUGCACAGAAGCUGUGAGCACUGCUGCAAAAAUACUGCAGAGGUAUGAAAGCAGCCUCUCUGAAGCACAGCAAAUAGACCUUGAUUUCUCAAAACCACUUUUUAUAACAGCUGCGCUAUUCACUGCCUGCAGGUGUUUGAAGCUAAAAGUGGACAAAACUAAAAUGCUGUCUGCAUCUGGGGUGAAAAAAGCAAUAUUUGACCGGCUGUGCAAUCAGCUAGAGAAGAUGAGCCAGCAACUCAGCAAAGAUGUUCCGUUGGCUGCAGAGACAGGUGAAAGCUCAAACACUGACCAGGAGCACUGUGAGAAGGAAGAUGGCUCUGAAGAUGAUGAGGAAACGCCAUGUAAACAGCCAAAGACUGAAACCAAACAAGACUAUGAAGAGUGGAAAAAGAAAAUCCUGGAAAAUGCUGCUAAGGCACAAGAGACAAGUAGGAGUAGCAAUAUCAGUGCUGCUUGCUCAUAAUUUUAACUCUCCCUGUGUUCUAACAAGAGUUCCAAUAGCAUGUGUGAUGGCUGCCUGGUAGCCAGCUGAUUUUAUUUAUGAGCUAGAUUUUAAGUAUUUAAGAAUGUUAUUUUUAGUAAAUGACUUGAGAAUUGAGAUGAUUUUAUGAGAAGCCUGUCUGACUACUUGCCAGGCUGGUACCUGAGCAGCUAUGGCAUUAGGUGGUAGAACAGGUUCAUUUCCUUUGGCUGCAGGAAGCAGGGAACAUUCUAAUACUGUGUCAAAUGUAACUAGGUUAUGUGCCCUUGUGCCCCUGGCUGGAAGUAGUCAGUGAAAAAGGAGAGAGUGAACUAAUAGUGCCUUGUUUAACUACAAAACCAGCACAGGUCUUUUUUAAAAGACUGAUAAUAUUUUCUGAUUUUUUUACUGUUGACCAACUAUUGUUUCAUCACUGAAUUUGACUUAUUUUUAUGACCUGUAGGGGAGUGAAGUCUCUUGUAUUUGUAAGGGAACCCAGAUAUUCCAAGUAACAAUAAAGACCAAUCCAAGCCU